AUGCGCUUCUCGAUAGCGCCCUCGCUGCUCUCGCUGCCGCUUCUGGCGGCGGCGGUUGCUGCUUACGCCGGAGUCAACCACCAGGUCACAGUCGGCAAAGACGCAAAGCUGGUGUUUGACCCUCCGACGUUGAGCGCUGCGCCGGGCGACACGGUGACAUAUUCCUUCUUUGCAAAGAACCACUCGGUAACCCAGUCGAGCUUUGCCCAGCCCUGCCAGCCUCUGGCUGGCGGCGGCUUCUUCUCGGCCUUCACUCCGAAUCCCGCCACCGACGGCAGCGCCUCGCCCACAACCUUCACCAUCACCAUCAACGACACCAAGCCCAUAUGGGCCUACUGCGGGCAAACCAACGGCGACCAUUGCCAGAAAGGCAUGGUGCACGCCAUCAAUGCACCAACCUCGGGCACAAACACGUUCCAAGCAUUCAGCGAUCUUGCCCUCAAGGCGUCCACUCCCAGCGGCUCACCCCCUGAUGGACUCCCCGUCGGCGGACUGCGCAAGCUGAGCGUCAUCGUUGGCUUCAACGGGACCCUGACAUACUCGCCGAACAACAUCACGGCCCCGCCGCGGACUGUGAUCGAGUUCAGCUACAACCCCAAGAACCACACCGUCACCCAGUCCAGCUUCGACAGCCCGUGCCAGCCUCUUGACAAGGGCUUCAGCAGCGGUUUCAUCCCCACGGCUGUCUCUCCGUCGGGCGUCACCUUUGACAUCGUCGUUCCCGACACCAACCCAAUCUGGUUCUACUGCGGCCAGAUUGUCGGAACCCACUGCCAAAAGGGCAUGGUUGGCAGCAUCAACGCCGCUACAUCUGGCGCCAAGACCCUCGAGGCCUACAUUGCCAAGGCUGCCACUGCUCCCCCAAGCACCAUUCCCCCCCAGGCUCCCCUGGGCGGCACUAUCACCGUCAACGGGACCGUCAUUACCAGCUUUAACGGAAACUCGCUCCAAGAUGCCACCAUUCCCCCGCCUGCCAACCCUGCCGCUGGCAAUGCCUCAGUGCCUGCGCCGGGAACACCGAUAGACCCCUACUACUACGGCAUGGCCGGCGGCAGCCAGCCCAGCAACUACGGCUGGGGCUCUUCCAUCACGGACACGUCGGUGGCGCUCUUGGCGUUCCUGCUCUUCAUCGAGGACGUGCAGGCGAACCUCCUGUUCGAGAUGCACAGCCGGCUCGACAACGGCUCGUGGUCAAGCGUGUACCCCCGCGCCAUCGUGAACACGCUCGGCAGCAUGGCGGCGCAGACGCUCGUGCAGCGCAGCACCACCUCCGACUGCCUGACGCACUUCAAGAAGCCGCUGGGAAACCAGUGCUCUUUCAAGCUGCCGACGACCAGCGUCGACGACUUCCUAGCCGCCGCCCUCAAGCUGAAUCUCCUCGCGAUCGGCGCGCUAAUUGACGGCAUCACCCAGGUACCGCUGUCCGACUCGUACCUGCUAGCGCCGCUAGCCUCGACUAUCGGCUCUAAGGGCCGCAUGACCGCUGUCAUCAACAUGAUGCAGAACCACCUGGCCGCCGCCGCGCCGCGCGAGGCCGUCAUGCCCGUCCAGCUCGCGUGGAGCUACGUCAUUACCAACUACGUGUCGGACCCCAACUGCCCGACCAAGAUCUCGGGCAUGCCCGGCUCGCCCUACCCGGCCCUGACCGUCACCGACAAACAGGUGACGCCCGACCAGUCGCGCACCACGGCCAUUACCGUCUCCUUCGACAGCUCCGCCUCCGGCGACAAGUGGGUCGCCUGGAUGGGCGCCUGGGGCGACCUCGAGUUCACCCCGCUCGCCGCCGACAAGACCACCACCGUCCCGGCUGACCUGUACGGCCACGUCUGGAUUGCUGUUGUUAGCAAAAAGGACGUCGCCAUGAAGGACGUGCCCGGCGUCACCGUUGCCGGCCCCGAGAUUGUCUGGGUCAGCCAGCCGUGA